CACCCGUGGUGAAGCAGCGCAUGCUAUUGGGAGGAAGAACCAACUUUGUGGGGUGGCCUACAACACAAAAUAGCUUACUACGCGCUGUGAACAUGGCUGCAGUUACAACCAACGGUACCGAACAAGACUCCACACCGACAAACGAGCAAAAUGGAACAUUGGACAAAGGAGAAAAUGGGAAUAAGAAGCAGGGCCCCACAGACUCGAAACAGGAACCGGGUGACAACAAGGACGGACCAGAAAUGGACGUGAGCAACCGAGACCGCAAAGAGGAGAAGCAUUCAGUCGCACCAGAAGUCGCAAAAGAAUCGGUUUUGUCCACGGAAAAUGGUAACAAAGAAGAACCGGCCUGUGAAAUGGCUGGACCGGUUAAAAGUCCCGUGGAGGGAAUCCCUGCGAGCAGCACCGAAACCGGGGAGAGCAUCGUGGAGUUGAAACAAGAACAAAGAGAGGAGAGCGGGUCCUCGCCUCCCAGCUCGGACAAGACCAAAAGCGAGGAAUCCACGGAGAAAACCGACCGCGGUAUCAAAAGACGGGCCAGUGUGGAGAUAUCAUCCUCGGAUGGAGAACCUCUCAGUCGAAUGGAUUCGGAAGACAGGAACAGAGCAGGGGAGCAGCUGGAGGCAGGCAGCCUUACGAGUAUUAGCAGUACUCUGAUGGACAUGGAGAGCACAGCGUCCAGCGGGCGCUCCACACCUGCCAUGAUGAAUGGGCACGGCCCGGGCACCGCCACCCCGUCGGUGGGUAAGGGCGUAGCAUACACCUGCUGCUGGGACCAGUGCCAGCUCCUCUUUACCACCAGCCCAGACCUGGCUGAGCACAUCAGGGGCGUGCACGUGGACGGACAACGGGGAGGGGUGUUUGUGUGUCUGUGGAAAGGCUGCAAGGUGUACAACACCCCGUCGACCAGUCAGAGCUGGCUUCAGAGACACAUGGUCUCACACAGUGGAGACAAACCAUUCAAGUGUGUGGUGGGGGGUUGCAAUGCCACGUUUGCCUCCCAGGGGGGGCUGGCGCGCCACGUACCCACCCACUUCAGCUCCCAGAACUCCAACAAGCUGGCCAAUCAGGGCAAGAUGAAGGAGGAUUCACCUUCGAAAGCGGGGCUUAACAAGAGGCGGAAACUCAAGAAUAAACGCAGGAGGUCUUUACCACGACCUCACGACUUCUUUGAUGCCCAGACCAUGGAUGCUAUCAGACACCGGGCCAUCUGCCUCAACCUGGCGACACAUAUAGAGAGCCUGGGCAACGGACACAGUGUGGUGUUUCACAGCACGGUAAUAGCGAGGAGGAAGGAAGAUUCUGGGAAGGUUAAAGUCCUCCUCCACUGGACUCCUGAGGACAUACUUCCUGAUGUGUGGGUGAAUGAGAGUGACCGGCCGCAGCAGAAGACCAGGGUGGUCCAUCUCUCCCAGUUGCCCCAGGACACACAUGUACUGCUGGACCCCAACAUAUACAGGGUGUUCUUCUAGAGACUAAGAACAACCAAUCAAGAGACUUCGAAGGAGCCUGCCGAUAUCACCUCUCAUAGGAAGUCCCUAUGUUCUGUCUUGUCUGGACAGGAGUGAAAACCAGAGAUUAAUACCUCUUAUUUCCCCCUUUUUUCUUGGUUCAAUUUCUGCUCUUUUCACUUUCUUUUCAAUGUCAAAUUCCUCCAAAUGACAAAGUGAAUUUAGUAUUUGUUUUUAAUUGUUUCUGAAAAUACACUAUGUACACAGUAGUGUGUGGACACUCCUACAAAUUAGCGGAUUUGGCUAUUUCAGCCACACCCAUUGCUGACAGAUGUAUUAAAUUGAGCACACAGCCAUGCAAUCUCCAUAGACAAACAUUUGCAGUGGAAUGGCCUUACUGAAGAGCUCAGUGACUUUCAACAUUGCACCGUCAUAGGACGCCACCUUUCCAACAAGUCAGUUUUCUGCCCUGCUAGAGCUGUCAUGGUCAGCUGUGAGUGGUUUUAUUGUGAACUGGAAAUGUCUAGGAUCAACAACGGCUCAGCCGCGAGGUGGUAGGCCACAAAAGCUCACAGAAUGGGAGUGCUGAAGCACAUAGUGUGUAAAAAUCAUCUGUCCUCGGUUUCAGCACUCACUACGGAGUUCCAAACUGCCUCUUGACGCAACAUCAGCACAAGAACUGUUCGUCGGGAGUUUCAUUAAGUGGGUUUCCAUGACCCGAGGCUUGUGUGCAGCUGCUAAGGUCACCAUGCGCCAAGCCAAGCAUUGGCUGGUGUAAAGCUCACCGCCAUUGGACUCUGGCGCAGUGGAAACGCGUUCUCUGGAGUGAUGAAUCACGCUUCACCAUCUGUCAGUCCGACAGCCAAAUCUAGGUUUGGCGGAUGCCAGGAGAACAAUACCUGCCCAAACGCGUAGUGCCAACUGUAAAGUUUGGAGGAAGAAUACCCUUUUCAUGGUUUAGGCUAGGGCCCUUUGUUCCAGUGAAGGGAAAUAUUAACCCUACAGCAUACGAUAUUCUAGACGAUAUGUGCUUCAACUUUGUGGCAACAGUUUGGAGAAGACCCUUUCCUGUUUCAGCAUGACAAUGCCCGCAUGCACAAAGCGAGGUCCAUACAGAAAUGGUUUGUCGAGAUCAGUGUGAAAUAACUUGACUUGCCUGCCCAGUGCCCUGACCUCAACUCAAUCGAACCUUUGGGAUGAAUUGGAACGCCGACUGCGAGCCAGGCCUCAUCGGCCAACAUCCGUGCCUGCCCGACCUCACUAAUACACUUGUGACUGAAUGGAAACAAGUCCCCGCAGCAAUGUUUCAACAUCUAGUGGAAAGCCUUCCCAGAAGACUGGAGUCUGUUAUAGCAGCAAAGGGGGAGACCAACUCCAUAUUAAUGCCCAUGAUUUUGGAAUGAGAUGUUUGACGAGCAGGUGUCCACAUACUUUUGGUCAUGUAGUGUAGGCCAAAUGUAUUAUAUACUAGGUGCUAAACAUUUGAGCCAGUAGGUGGGUGCUUUUGUAAGUUUAAGGUAGUACAACUAGACUACGAAGCUUAACAGCACAGUUACUUGAUGUUGUAGAGACCAAGUUGCAUUUUGUAGAGAAACUUGUCUUUGUAAAUACUCCUGGAGAUUGGUAAUAUAUUUUUUAUACCUGGAAAUUCUACUGUAGAGGAUUUAUUAUUUCUGCUCCAAUGUUUUUAAAAUGUUUUAAACUGUAAUAAUUGUACAUAAUGCAAUAGGAAAAUAGUUUUGAUGGACGAUAUCAAUUCCUUAUUAUUUCUUUAAAGGCUGUUUAAGUACA